CGUGAGUGUCUCUCCAUCCACGUCGGUCAGGCUGGUGUCCAAAUUGGCAAUGCCUGCUGGGAGCUUUACUGCCUGGAACAUGGGAUCCAGCCGGACGGACAGAUGCCCAGUGACAAGACGAUUGGAGGAGGAGACGAUUCCUUAAACACCUUCUUCAUGGAGACUGGAGCUGGAAAGCACGUCCCCAGAGCAGUUUUUGUUGACCUGGAGCCCACUGUCAUCGAUGAGGUUCGAACUGGGACCUACCGCCAGCUGUUCCACCCUGAGCAGCUAAUCACUGGCAAGGAGGAUGCUGCCAACAACUACGCCCGUGGACACUACACCGUCGGCAAGGAGGUCAUCGACCUGGUGAUGGACAGGAUCCGCAAACUGUCGGACCAGUGCACUGGUCUUCAGGGUUUCCUGGUUUUCCACAGCUUCGGAGGGGGCACCGGCUCUGGUUUCACCUCCUUGCUGAUGGAGCGUCUGUCUGUCGACUACGGAAAGAAGUCAAAGCUGGAGUUCUCCGUCUACCCAGCUCCCCCAGGUUAUAGUCAGAUUGUGUCCUCCAUCACUGCAUCCCUUCGCUUUGAUGGUGCCCUCAAUGUUGAUCUGACAGAGUUCCAGACCAACUUGGUGCCCUACCCCCGUAUCCACUUCCCUCUGGCCACCUAUGCCCCUGUUAUCUCUGCAGAGAAAGCUUACCAUGAGCAGUUAACGGUGUCAGAAAUCACCAAUUCCUGCUUUGAGCCAGCCAAUCAGUUGGUAAAAUGUGACCCACGCCACGGUAAGUACAUGGCCUGCUGCCUUUUGUACCGUGGUGAUGUGGUUCCCAAAGAUGUGAAUGCUGCCAUUGCAACCAUCAAAACCAAGCGCUCCAUCCAGUUUGUGGACUGGUGCCCCACUGGUUUCAAGGUGGGCAUCAACUACCAGCCGCCCACU